AUGUCCACCUCAUUCGAAACUCCCUCCAACGGCACGCCCGCAAUCGACACAACCUCCCUCGCUACCUCCCCGCUCGAACGCCGCGACUCCCUUGAGAAACACCUCCUGACUCGUCCCGACCCGAAAGACCUCAAGGAUAGGCAUAUCCUGCUCGAUACGAAUGUUGCUCCAUCCAUCCAAGCAAUGCGCCAGAAGCUUGAUCGCCAGCAGCUGUCGGAUAAUUUGAAGAAGAGCCUGGAGCAUCGGCCAGAGAGGGAAGAAUUGGUUGAGCGCCAUAUCCUCCCCGCUGACGAACAGGCGCCUGUUAAUCAGUGA